AUGAGGCCCAAAGACCAGCUACCUGCAACGGAACAAUCAGCAGUGGUCUACAGCAUACCUUGCCAAGAUUGCGGUGCAAGGUAUGUUGGUGAAACGGGCAAACGCCUCUGCACAAGAUUGCACGAGCACCAGCUUGCAGUCAACCGCGAGGAUAAGCUGUCACUGGUAUAUGGCCACAUACAACAGGAGAAGCACAGUUUCGCCUUUGGGGAGGCGAGCGUCAUCGGCCGAGCGAGCGACAAGAUGGCCAGACUGGUUCUCGAAAGUUGGUCCUCAGUUGACACAAUCAGCAGAGCCAUUGAUCUUCAUCCGGCCUACCAGGCGCUUCGUACGAGGCUCCAGUCAGUUCGGACGGGGCCGACAGCACUGGCGAACAAAUCGCGGCUCUCUCAACAGUUGUCACCUUCCCAGCAGGGGGAGAGAGCCAGCCGGGUGUCAGACGACCGACGCGAGAUAUCGACCCACCGACGCGCCCAAACAGUCGACCCCGAUUCCCACAUGCAACGGCAGCUGACCAGCUCGUCAAAUUAUGGGGGGAGGGCCCAAGGGCCCACGGACCUAGCAGCGACAACAGCGGCCGGGCAGGGGACAGAGGUCACACCAGCGCCCCAGCGGUCGGCCACGGAGAGACCUAAGCCAAUCCCCCGCCAGCAGGCAGGUCAGAGUUCCUGUAGCAGGCAUGCCUAUAAGACGAGACAGGCGGCGAGACAGAACAACUCUGAGCUAGCAGGAACAAACACCCUACCACUACUCUGA